AGAAAAAAAAGGUCACUGCCUGCAGGAAUGUCCUCAGGUAUAUUGGACAUUGAAAAUAGCAAAAGAGUUUGAUGCAUGAGAAUCAGAUUCUUGUAGAAUGAGAAAACAACAGGAUCUAGAGCCUCAUGGGUGCAUUCUGACUCACUCCUUAUAUAUUUUAAACAUGGAUCUGAAUUCUGAAGGUGUGCUCGAGAGAGCGAGAUUUCUGACGAAGUGAACAACGACUAUUCUAACAUCGGAUUAGUACAUGCAGAUUUCUACUAUUCUUAUAGUUAAUAAUCAGCUUUGGUAAAGAUCUCAUGUUGAUGGCAUAGUCACUCUGCUCUCAAAAAAGAAAUGUUUUUGUGGAUGUUCUAUUUUAGUCAUAAAGCUCUAGCAGCAUCUCUCUAAAGUGACUUUGACUUUCGUUAGGACUAGGCCCUGUUUAAUAUACUAUUUGCAAGGAUAAUUCCUUACUUUAAGUUUAUAGAAAAGAUCUGAUUCCUCACCACCAUUUCUUGAGGUUUUUAUUUCUUUUAUUGGCAACUUUCUCCUCUUGGCCCUCAUGUCUAAUUGUAUACUCAUGUAUAUAUAGAUAUCAUUACAGAAACAGUUCUUAUAAGAUUUCCAACAGCCAAUAGUGUCAUUUAGUCUGUAAAUAUCAAUGAGGCUUGAUUUAUCUGCCAAGCUUCGGCAAGUUCUUGGCCUCGCCAAAGACCAUGCAUCUAUUGGCAGAGCUAUUGUACAAAACUACAAUGAAAAAGCUUUUUUUGACAUUGAAGUGGCAGUGGUUCGAGCCACUAGUCAUGAUGAUUGUCCUGUUGAUGACAAAACCAUGCACGAGAUACUCUUUCUUGUCUCUAACACUCCGGGAACGAUUCCUUUUCUUGCUGAACAGAUCUCACGCCGUCUAGCCAAGACAAGAGAUUGCUUAGUCGCGGGUAAAACUCUGUUACUCUUUCACCGUCUCUUGCGUGGUAGCAGUCGCAGUAUCGAGCAGCAAUUGCAUAUUGCACACACCUCUGGUCAUCUCCAAAUAGGUUGCUGCUGGUUCAUGAUGAGCCCGGAUCCUCCGUCCUUUGUUUUUCUGCAGAACUAUGUAGCUUAUCUCCAAGAAAGAGUUGGAUGGAUCAUCAACCAAGCUGGUAAGCUUGAACCUGUAAUGUCUGGUGGUACAAAGUUUAGCCGUUACAAAGAGAAAUCCAUGGAUCUGGUGUUCCACAUCUUACCAAAGUGCCAAGAGUUCAUUGCACAGGUGUUGAAGUGUUCACCGGUUGAUGCCUGGCCUAUCGAUAAUCUGGUUCAAGCAGCUACCGGAAACAUCUUGAAAGAGAGUUUCCAAGUCUACAUGACGUAUUCCGAUGGGAUAGCCGCGCUGGUUAGCAUGCUUUUUGAUCUUUCACGACCCGCAAGAGAUUUAGCUUGCGGAAUGUUGAGAAAAGCUUCUCAACAGAUUCAAGAUCUCCGCAUCCUGUAUGAAAAGUGUAGAGGAUUUGCCGGUAUGAAGAGCUUGGAUUACCCAUCUGUGCAAGCCAUUACCAUGGAUCAUAUAGUAGCACUAGAGGAAUGCUCAAGCUAUGGAGGCAAAAGAGACUUCUCUGUCUCCAUCAACCUAAGAGACCCAGUCACCUGCAACGAACAAAAACAAGAAACUAAUUGCGCCGGUUUUUCAUCUACCAGUUCUUUCUCAUUACCAGUGGAGACCAAAAUCAGCAUGGUCUGGGUUGUUUUUGACAAUGAAGAAUCAGACAAUGCAACAGAGAAAGCAUACGAAUGUUGAUUAUUCAUCUCAAAAGGAAGUAUAAGAAAGUUGCAGAAGGUCAUUGCUCAGGGAGAGAUUGUGUCUCUGAUUCAGGUUCCAGUUAGAGAAACGAUUAUAUAAUACUGUUGUCAAAUUACAUAAUACCAAUGAGUAGUUUUUGCAUGUUAACUCUUAGUGUCACAAGUGUUUAGAGCAUCUGAAUUUUAAAACAGAUGAUCAUAAAUACAUGAAACCAUUGGUAUGCCUUCUGCUUCUAAAAUGUAAAAUUACUGCUCUAUUGAUCAACAAAAAAAAAAACAGGUAUGUUUUGUCCGA